AUGAUCCGAUUGACCUGGUUAUUUGCAGUGGUCUGCUUUGCGGCUAGCGUGCUUGCUGCUGCCGCCGCCACCCCCGACGCAUUGGUUCUUUUUGACCCUCAACUCCACGAUUUGCUGUCCCAAAACUCCACCUCGUCGCUUAGCAAAUUCAUCUCCAACUUGGAGCUCCAGUACAAGGUGACUGUCAAGUCUUACGACGACGAGGACAUCAAGUUGCUCCUCGAAGACGACUUGGCCUACGACAACUUGGUGCUCUUGCCCUCGUCCAAGAAGGCUAUUGCCGCCAAGCAAGCCGUCAGCCAGGGCCAGUUGUUGAAGUACAUCAACGCCCAUGGCAAUGUGUUGGUGGUGGGCGACGCCACCAGCGUGUUGCCAGAGUCCACACGUGUGUUCUUGAACGAAUUGGGCAUCUAUCCUUCCCCCAAGAACUUCAGAUACCAGGACCAUUUCCACACCUCCGACUCCGGCAAGGUAGCGUUGGCCCCUGCCAACGUGGUUGCUGGAAACAACGUGAUUUCGCAGUUGUCGACCUCAGAGUACGACGGUGGUGCUGCCUUGAUCUCCAACAACGAGCUCAUCAUUCCGUUAGUCCAGAGCUCCAAGACUGGCUUCACUGCUGGCAACAAGGAGUACCUCGAUGAAGACACUACCUGGACGUUUGGUGAACAGGGAUUCUUGGCCGUGGGGUUGCAGGCCUUGAACAACGCCAGAGUGGCCUGGGUGGGAUCCGAGUCUCUCCUCGAAAACGAGCUUGUCCAGUGGGUGUUCCAACAGAAGGGAGUGUUGAAGUUGCAGUUCGUGCACCAUUCCAGAGAAGAAAACCCAGCCGUGCCUGACCCAUCCAUCUACCGUGUCAAGGAACAGGCGUUGUACACUAUCGGUGUGUCUGAGUGGGUGGACGGUAAGUGGGCUCCCUACACCGUCAGCAACCCCGAAAACAACUUGCAGGUUGAGUUCAAGAUGUUGGACCCAUACCAAAGACUCGACUUGAAGCCUUUGGGACCGGCUGCUUCUGUUGAUGGCCUGGACGUCUUGGACACCCAGGUGUACUCCGUCCAGUUCACGGUUCCUGACCAACACGGUAUGUUCACCUUUGGCUUGGACUACAAGAGAUCAGGAUUAUCUUACUUGGAAGACAGCAAGGUGGUGACGGUCAGACACUUGGCUAACGACGAGUACAAGAGAUCCUGGGACAUCACCAACUCCUGGUUGUACGUGGCCAGUGCAGGCUUGGUGGUGGUAGCUUGGUUUGCGUUCGUGGUCAACUACAUUUAUGUGGGCAAGACCAACGCGGCCAAGAAGAACAUUUAG